AUGCGAUGUUUACAAAAAAAUGCCGAAUCCCCGGUUUACACACACAGUUUCGAUGAAGCCGUAGGUUUGACGCGUGUCGGACGAUUUCACUACCUGCUCAUGUUGAUAUCCGGUUUAUGCUUUAUGGCUGUCAUGGCUGAGACGAUGGGUAUUGGCAUGAUAAUGCCAUUAGUAAAAUGUGAACUGGAGGCGUCGCAAGCCGAGCAGGGUCUACUCGCAUCAGCGGGAUUCUUCGGAAUUGGGCUCAGCUCACACAUGGUGGGCUUUCUGGCGGAUACAGCGGGUCGCGUGCGAACGUUGCGAUAUUCACUGACAUUGGCAGCCACGGCAACAAUUAUAUCGGCCUUCUCCGUCAAUACAUGGAUGCUAAUCGUAUUUCGUUUCCUCAAUGGUUUCUUCAUAUCGGGCUGCCAGGCGUGUGUUUUUAGUUUGGUCGGUGAAUUUCACAGCAAUAAAACGCGCGUACGCUACGUGACGUUGAUGGCGAUUUUUCUACCGUUGGCGUUGGUAUUUUUGCCAGCCCUCGGUUUGGUCAUUCUUCCCCUACAAUUCGAUAGUGUAAUUUUUGGCAUGCGGUUCACCUCAUGGCGACUUUUCUUCCUCAUUAAUACAACACUGUCUUUCUCCGGACUCGCUGGGUUAUGUACACUGCCCGAGACGCCGAAAUAUAUGUUGGUGCAUGGAAAUCAUGAUGCAGCUUUAAACACUUUGCGUAGCAUUUACUCAAAGAAUACCGGCGACAAGCCAGAGAAUUUUCCCGUGAAAAGUAUUAUUUUAGAGACUGGUGGCGCCGAUUUGGCAAACAUUCAUGGUGUCGGUGAUGCAUUUAAAAUGAUUUGGAGUCAAACAAUGCCACUGUUUUAUAGGCAACGUUGCUUACAAACGCUUAAUUUAUCUUUGUCCUUGUUUGUGGUAUAUGGCAUCUCUCAGGGACUGUUCAUGUGGUUUCCGACAAUACUCAAUGAACUCAUUGCUAAAAACGGCCAAGGCCUUAAGGUAUGUGAGAUAAUAGGCGGCAUGGAACUCACAAUAACAGAGGCGAAUGCAAAUGAUUGUAGUGGUUCAAUCGAUAGUUUUAUGUUUCAAGUCCUGAUGAUGAUUGGUGGCGUUUUUAUGUUAAUUUUCGUCAUUUUCGCUUACACCAUCGACAUAGUUGGCAAAGUUAAUUUAUUAAUAAUAUGGCUCGUCAUUUGCUGCGUCUGUGCUGUCAUUACACAUUGGCUUUCCGAGUUUGCAGCCGUCGUUAUUGCCUUGACUUUGUUAAUGAGCCUUGGUAAUUGCGGUGGUAUUAUUGGAACGCUCUCAAUCGAAUUCUAUCCGACGGAGAUCAAUGCGAUGGGCAUGUGCUUUGCCAUGAUGAUUGGUCGCUUAGGUUCUGUCGCAGGCGGAAAUCUUAUUGGCUUGUUUUUAUUUAAAUAUUGCGACAUAGUAUUUUGGGCAAUGGUCGGUAUUAUCGCAACGCUAAUUGCCCUAGCAACUGUAUUGCCAGAGAAGAAGCGUGAGAAGAAGUGACAAAUGUUGUAACGAAUUGAGCAAGUAUUCGAGAUUAAAAUAAAUAAUUAUUAUUUACUAAAGAUUUUUAAAUGUGUCACUGCGAGCCAACAAAGACGAUAUUGGGCUACAAUUUACCUCACUGAGAUGAUUCAUAUUUGAAACAUCAACCAUUAUUCGAAAGACUUGUAGAAAAUACUAAUAAUAUACAUACAUAUAAAUAAAUAA